UCUUUAUUCCUUGCUGUUCACAAGUCACAACCCUAUUAUCUAGACCAGUACAAAGUGACUCGACACGAUUCAAUUUUAAUUCUUUGGGACCAGAACAAGAGAUUUCUGACCCGAAACUUAAAAAUGUCCCGAACUAAUGAAUUCGAAAGUUCUGGAUUGGAGUAAGAAUUGAACCGACCCAAUUCGAUCCGCCAAAUUCUAAUUAUAUUUUAAAGAAUUAUGUCCUUGAUAAAAUCCAAAAAUACACCCGAUCCAUAUUUGACUCAACCUGUAUAUACCAACUUGAAACCCGCUUGCCAAACCCAUUGGACACUAUGGACACUGGAAAAAGGGUUACUGUCUUACUGAUAUAGUGAUAUGAAUAUCGAGUUAAACACCUACAACAUGGCGAAGACGCUACAAAAUAACAAAAGUACAAAACUCUCUCCUCUUUCAAUCCAAAACCCCAAAAACCCCAAAAAACCCAAAAACCCUUAGAACAAAAGUACAACGUUCGUGAGUCGGACCUCCUGCCUGGCUGCCUCGCCUACCUGCUCGGAACGCGGUGAACGACGGUGGGCGAUAGACGGACAGAUGGUGGACCUCCAAGAGUUGUGACUAGGUAUUGAUUUGAGUUUCGGCUUCUGAGUGCUGAGUGCUGCAUGAAGCAUUUUAUCCAUUCCGAAAUUAUUGUAUAAUAUAGUGUGAUGAACAGCUUGUUGUUCCAAAUAUCUGCUUAUUCUUCCUCAAUUAUCCUGAAAUCAGCUCGUUCAAUAGCGGGUAACUCUUCUUCAUUGUAUGGGAGUUGUUAUUAUUCCAAUUUAUCUUGGAAAAGGAACCCAGUUUCAAAAUCAAUCAAUUUGGGAUCAUCUUGUGUAUUCGCAAGGCUUGGUGUUGUUCAGUGUUAUUCUACAAAGAAAAAGUCUCCUCGGAAGCCGAAAUCAAAAUCUAGUACAGAGGCAGUAAUGGAGGAGAAGAACGAGAAGGAUGCGUAUUUCGUGGUUCGAAAGGGGGAUGUUGUUGGUGUUUACAACACUUUCAGUGAAUGCCAAGCUCAACUUACCUCUUCGAUAUCUGACCCUCCAGUUAGUGUGUAUAAAGGAUAUUCCUUGCCUAAAGAUGCUGAGGAAUACCUUGUCUCUCGUGGCCUUAAGAAUGCUCUCUAUACCAUCAAAGCUUCUGAUCUCAAAGAUGAUCUUUUUGGCACACUUGUUCCUUGUCUUUAUCAGGAACCAACAUCUUCUAAAGAUGAAAGACCCAGUAUAGAUUUGCCACAGAAGAGGCCUCACGAUGUGCUAGAAUCAGGAAAUAAGGAGACUGUCGGAUUGCAGUUGACCUCCGUUGAUCCAUUGAGCAAGCUUCAGAAGUUAGAUCACAUGCCUUCUGAUAGUCUUUCCUGUAUUAUUCAUUUUGAUGGUGCUUCUAAAGGAAAUCCUGGACAAGCUGGUGCCGGAGCUGUACUUCGAGAUCUUAAUGGAAGCUUGAUAUGUAGAAUACGUCAAGGCUUGGGAAUCGCAACCAAUAAUGUUGCUGAAUAUAAAGCUCUUAUAUUAGGAUUAAAGAAAGCUCUUGAGAUGGGUUAUACCAGUAUUCAAGCGCUGGGUGACAGCAAACUUGUCGUUAUGCAGCUUCAGGGUUUAUGGAGAGUCAAGAAUCAAAACAUGUCCGAUUUGUAUGCAGAAACAAAGAAACUGAAGGACCAGUUCUCUUCUUUUGAGAUUACUCAUGUUCUAAGGGAACUGAACUCUGAUGCUGAUGCACAAGCAAAUUUUGGUGUCCAUCUUGCUGAUGGUCAAGUACAGGAGGUUUUCCAGUAGCAGAAUCAUCCUGCUCUUGCUCCUGCAUUCAUUUUUCGGCUUUCCAAUUUUUAGCAAGGAAAAAAAAUUCACAAGUGAACAAAUUACAGUAUAUGAAUGAUAAUUGCUUUUGAGGGUGAGAUUACUCGGAAGAUACACCAACAUUAUUGGCCCUGCGACAUCUAAGUCGGCAGUUGCAUUACACUUCUGAGACCUGACUAAAUGAAGACAACAAAAGCGGGAAGAUAGACUCGGAGAAACAAAGCCAAAUACUCGAGGGAAUAUUUAGGUGUCAUCAAGAUCUCAGUUACUAUAUGGAGUAGCUCUAUUUGAUCUUUUAAAACUUAAAGAACAUCGAAUGUUCCAUGUAUGUAGGGAUAUUUGUCAAAUGCGAGCUCUUCUCGCGGCCUCUUUUUUGUCAAAGAGUUUCAUUGUCAUAUUGUGUAGUGGAUUUUUCCGAGCUGCAUGCCUGUAUGGCAUAAUUGCUUUGCAAAGAGACAUGUCAUGGAUAUCAAAUUUCUGGCUCUCUGGAUCAGUGAUCACAUCAAGCCGACCUAAAACUUAAUGUGACAACUUUUGGUUAAUUAAUCAAUCAUUGCAAGUUUAUUAGUUAUAGGUUCUAUUUUGUCUAACUUAUGAAGUUGAAUAUAAUUUCUAGUAAGUUUUUGUU